AUGUCAGAUCCAACAAUCUAUACAGUUGCUUGGAUCUGUGCCAUUGGGACCGAGCUCGUUGCUGCAAAGCAAUUUCUUGACCAAACGCAUGACGAUGCAGACCAGCUUCCCAACCACGAUGACAACACGUACGUUCUCGGCAACAUUGCUAGGCAUAACAUCGUUAUUGCCGCAUUGCCGCAAGGGCAGUAUGGGCUUGUCAGUGCUGCCAUCGUCGCUCGAGAUAUGGUGCGCAGCUUUCCCAACCUACGUUUCGCCUUGAUGGUUGGCAUCGGUGGUGGCGCACCAAGCAAGAGGCACGACAUUCGGCUUGGUGAUAUCGUUGUGAGCUCGCCUGGUUCUGGCAUGGGAGGCGUGCUUCAAUACGACUUUGGCAAGACUAUCCAAGACGAAAGCCUCCAAACCACCGGACACCUCAAUCAAUCGCCGCAGUGCCUACUAAGGGCGAUUCCUUUCCUCGAGGCUGACUACGAAAGCGAUGGCAAUGGCAUUGAUGAGAAAAUCGUCCAUGUCCUUGAAAAAAAGCCACUUUUGCGCAAGAAGUAUGGAAAGCCGGACUCCAGCACAGACCGGUUAUUCAACUCAACGUACAAGCAUGCUGGAGACAACGAUCAAGAGUGCACGGCUACGUGUGUUGAUACCGAAUUGAUCGUUAGAUCUACACGAUCUGAGGAGCAAGACGGUCCCAACAUUCAUUUCGGACUCAUUGCUUCAGCCAACCAACUUAUGAAAGAUGCACACAUACGCGACCAGCUUUCGUCAGAAAAGGAUGUGCUAUGCUUUGAGAUGGAAGCUGCCGGGCUUAUGAAUCAGUUUUCGUGCCUUGUCGUGCGCGGCAUCUGUGAUUACUCAGAUACACACAAAAACAAAGCCUGGCAAGGCUAUGCAGCUAUGGCUGCAGCCGCCUACGCAAAGGAUUUGCUGCGAAAAGUCGCACCGAAUAGGAUCGAAGCAGAGCGGCGGCUAGCAGAUGUCCUUUCGGGCGUGGAUUCCAAGCUUGAAGACAUCAACUCUCAGAUGAAAGCCACGCACACAGAAAUCGAAAGCAUUCAAAAGGACAAGCACUCCAACGACAUCUUUCAAUGGAUAGAUCCACCCGAUGUUUCUUCCAACCUAAACAAAGCUAUCAAAGCCCGCCAUCCAGGCUCGGGCCUUUCAUUGCUUGAAAGCAAGGCAUAUACUACGUGGAAGAGGCAAAAAAAUUCGUUUCUUUGGCUCCAUGGCAUCCCUGGGUGCGGCAAAACCGUCCUCGCGUCAACUAUAAUCGAAGACCUGCAAAGGGAGCAGUGCCAAAAUCCUUCACAGGCACUGCUCUACUUCUACUUUGAUUUCACCGAUAGCCGGAAACAGUCCUUUGAGAAUGCCCUUCGCUCCUUCGUCUGUCAGAUGCAUCAUCAGAGCGAAAAGGGUCAAAAACAUCUCAAUUCGCUCUAUUCGCAAGUCUGCAGGAACGGAAGCGUACAGCCUAGUUCCGACGCUUUGCAAAAGACUCUAGCUGGUAUGAUCGGCGAUACUAAAGAAGUUUGGAUCGUGCUCGAUGCUCUUGAUGAGUGCACGUUUAGAUACGAAACGCUAUCUUGGUUGAGAAGUUUUACCCAAGGUUCUUCUAUGCAGGCCAUUGUGCAUCUCCUGGUAACGAGUCGGCCGGAGCAUGAUAUUAAAGCGGAUAUUCAAGGUUACGCCAGCGACGAAGAAAUGAUCUCUAUACAAGACGAUUUGCUGGAAGUGGAUAUAAGGAACUACGUAAAGGCCAGAGUCCGCGAGCACGAAGGCCUUAGUCGGUGGCGUGGACAUAAGGGGAUCCAAGACAAAAUUGAGGCCAGUCUGAUCGAAAGGGCCGACGGAAUGUUUCGCUGGGUGGCUUUGCAACUAGACGCGCUGGAGGGCUGCUUUGAACGGAAAGCUUUGCUUAAAACACUCCAAAACCUACCCGAAACGCUAGAUGAGACAUAUGAGCGGAUACUGGCAAAUAUACCUUCGGCUCAUAUGCACUAUACGAGACGGAUUUUGCAGUUCUUGACGUACUCGGAUCGACCUCUACGCCUUGAAGAGGCGGUGGAUGCAAUUGCCGUUGAUGUUGAAGAGGGUGUGAUUCGAGGACAUCGAUUUGAUCCUGAGGAUAGAUUGCCGGUGCCAGAAGAGAUCACCCGGUACUGCUCGGGCCUUGUUGUGCUCGUGUCAAGGCCAGCUAUUUACGUCGGCGCACCAAUAGUAAAAGAAAUCCAGCUGGCACAUUUCUCAGUCCAGGAGUACCUUACCUCAACCCGUAUUCCGAGCGAAAUUUCUGGAUAUUUACAAAAGACACUCGCUUCAAGCUCUAUUGCCAAGGUUUGCCUAGCAUAUCUUUCGGAACUUCAACAAGGAAAAGCAGAGUAUGAGAUUAGCGAGGAUUUCCCGUUGGCCAGGUAUUCCGCACAAUAUUGGGCAAAACAUGCUGUUCUUGGCGAGCGCGAUAACGAAUGCAUAUCCAAGCUAGCAACGGAACUUUUACUAGAUCAUCCUCAAACGCGAGACUGGUGCCUAUUUUAUAACAGGACUAGUAGCUGGCGCAAACCACAGGAAGGUACACCUUUAGUACCUGCCCUGUAUUACGCAUCCCUCCUAGGAUUUCCACGUUGUUUUAAGAUUCUCCUUGGCGAGGGGGCCAAUCCCAACGCGCAAGGUGGGUAUUACGGCAACGCACUGCAAGCGGCUUCGAAAAAAGGACACAAAGCGGUUGUCAAGAUACUGCUCGACCAAGGAAAAGUUGUCCAAGGGCAGGGCGGAUCGCAUACUGACGAAGGAACUUCAGAUAUAUGGUCGGAGGAGAUGGUCCAGAAACUGCUCAACAAAGAGGCGGCGGAGGAUAAGCAAGCUGGAGUUUACGGCAUCGCUUUGAUGGCUGCUUUCUGCGAAGGACACCAAGAAGCCAAAACGAUACUGGCCAAGCUUGUUGCCUCGCAACUGUUCAAGAAAACAAGGAGCAAGAAGAUAGCAAUGUGGUACUGCGUAAGUAUUUCCCAAUCGUAA